ACAGCACAAAGCGAGCUAGUGAAUAAAUACAAACUACAAAAAUAAUUACGUUACUGUUGUGUAAUAUCGAUGGGGAGAGCACCCAAUUAAUUGGUGAGGUUUGACGUUACGGAUUCCAGCAUCAAAUUAGUGUAUUUAGCCAGCUAAAUGUGUCGUGAUGCCAGUUGCUUCAAUAUUCCGGCUGGCACAAACAAGCUAAAUGUUCAGCUACAGUGUAUGGGUAGCAGGUCUGCUGGCUUGUGAUUGAAAUAUACAAGAAAGUGUAAAACAUGGAUUCAGGGCAAAUCAAAGAAGAAUCACCUCACUGGAGUGGUGAAGACUGUCACAGCUAUGACGACAUUGAGAUAAAAUCUGUUCUCAUCAAAGAGGAAGACUUUGAGCAAGAGAUCAACCAGUCAGAACCCGUUGUCAUGGCGUCCAAAGCGGAACCCCGUGAUGAAGACGACGAGGAGGAAGUGUCUGUCAAACAAAGUGGUCACCCUACCAAAGCUUCCCACCGCUGUGUGGAUUGCGGGAAAGCAUUUGACCAGCUGUCCAGCCUGCUGCUUCAUCGGCGCAUUCACCCAGGCGAGAAUCCCCUCAGCUGCGAACAUUGCGGCAAAAGCUUCACCAAGCUCUCCAACCUAAAAGUGCACCAGCUCGAUCAUGCCGGCGGGAAGGAGCAUAACUGCGACCAGUGCGGCAAGACUUUCAGCCGGCUUGCGUACCUCAAAGUCCACAUGCGCCUGCACACGGGGGAGAAGCCCUAUUGCUGCGCAGUGUGCGGGAAGAUCUUUAACAAGUCGGGGAGCCUGAAGGUGCACGUUCGGACGCACACGGGAGAGCGCCCCUACAGUUGUCCGGAGUGCGGGAAGAGCUUUUCAAACGUGUCAGACAUGCGGAUCCACCAGCGGAUUCACACGGGAGAGAAGCCCUAUCGCUGCGACGACUGCGGCAAAAGCUUCCGUCAGAGGGGGCAGCUGAAGGUCCACCAGCGCAAGCACACGGGGGCGCGGCCCUUCAGUUGCUCGGAGUGCAGCAAAAGUUUCCGGCAGUUCGGCCAGCUCAAAGUGCACCAGCUGUACCACUCGGGCGAGAAGCCUUUCCAUUGUGACGAGUGCGACAAGAGCUUCGUGGAGCUCGGCAGCUUGAAGAGGCACCAGCAGGUGCACAGGGAGAAGAUGUACCGCUGCUCGCGGUGUCACGUCACUUUCCGGCUGCAGGAGAAGCUGGAGCAGCAUCAGCGGCUGCACGCCGCGGGGCAGAACUCCUUCCCGUGCACCCUGUGCAACAAGAGCUUCCGCAACCACUACAAGCUGAAGGUGCACACGCUCACGCACACGGGAGAGAGGCCCUUCUGCUGCUCCGAGUGCUCCAAGGCCUUCCUCACGCAGUCCGACCUCAACCGCCACUUGCGGAUUCACGCCAGAAACAAACCCCCCAAGCAGAAUUAAAUGUGAACUCAACCUUUUGAGAAAACAGUUUAUUACUGUCAGACUGGCUUAAAAAAAGGUUGAUUUCGCCGUUGCCCGAGGAUCAACCUAUUAUCACAUAGAUGAAAGACUGUGUGUAAUUUUAAAUUGCUAUUGCCUCUGGCCCCGGGCAGGUUCCCCAUGUGAAAUGGGAUAUAUGAUGGAGGCUUAAAGGCUGUAAUUCUU